CAACUGAGGGAGUUGGUAACAUUCACAGAGAUUUGGUUUCCCUUGCGGAAGUUAAAGAAGCUAAGAGCUUGUUGGAGCAUGAAGUUGUUCGAGGGCUGCUUUCCAGGAUUCAGCAGAAAAAUUAUGAAGAGGAAGAUUUUUCCAUUCUCCGAUGGCUCACUGGUGACUGCCCCUCUGUCUGCUCAGACGCUGUUCUUCAUGAUGCUAUUUUUUCACUUUCAUAGCCUGGACUCAGUGAAUUUCAGAGUUGUUGGACCUGAUCAUCCUGUCCCUGCUGUUGUGGGCAAAGAUGCCCUGUUACCCUGUCAGCUCCUUCCUCAGAUGAGUGCCGAAGAUAUGGAGGUGCGCUGGUUCAUAUCCCUCCAGCCCUCUGAAGUUAUUCAUCUCUAUAAGGACAGGCGAGAUCAUGAAGAGCAGCAGAAUGUAGGAUUUCGGGGCAGGACGGAGCUGCUGAAAGAUGACAUUGCUAAUGGAAGUGUUGCCUUAAGAAUACACAGUAUCACACCUACCGAUGAAGGGCUGUACAGCUGCUUCUUCCAGUCAAGCACUUUUUAUGCAGAAGCCAAAUUGGAGCUAACAGUAGCAGGUUUAGGCUCAGCGCCUCACAUCUUCAUUGAGGGUUAUCAGGAUGGAGGGAUUCGGUUUGUGUGUCAGUCAUCUGGAUGGUACCCAGAACCUAAAAUGCAGUGGAAAGAUCGCCAUGGACAGCUUUUAAAAUCAUCUUCUGAAGAAACAUCCCGGCAGCCUGAUGGCCUAUUUCAGACACAGAUCUCUAUUGUUGUAGCAGAAAAUUCCAAUGGGAACAUGUCCUGCUGUGUCCGGAACCCUCGCCUCAAUAUAGAAAAGGAGUCUGUGAUUCACAUAGCAGGUCGGUAUCCUUCCAAGCUUCCACUGGUGGAAAAUGGAUAA